CAGCUUCAGUUUCCUCCUCAGAAAGGAAGAACAGGGCAACUGUGAGAAUCACACCGAAGAGAUGGGAACGGAGAGUCGCGGCCCUAAAUAAGCCAUUUUAAACAUAAAUCUUUAUCGCAUUAACGUAACUCGGGUUAAUGCUGCUGUUGUUUACAUUUCCCGACAGGGAUCACUUCGGUUGGUAAAAGAUCCAAAGGCCCGGGCCUCAGUCCGCGGUCUUGAGUUCGACAGCCACCCGACAUCAGAGCGAGAGAGUCGGUGUGAACAGCAGAGCCCGGCUGCACAACAUGGGCGACAGCAGAGGCUGAUCGUUUUGCUUCAUAAGACCGCAGUGUAUCAUCAGGAGCCUCAGAUUCUCGUAGUCCAGACAGUUCAUCCGUUUCCUCACCACCAUCAGGUCAGCGUUCGCCCCCGUUGGCCCCGUCAGCUGCCGCCAUGACUUCUCUCCCACCCAUCACUUCGGCUGUGAACAGCCCCAUCAGCAGCAUGGGCUCACCCUUCUCGGUCAUCAGCUCAUCCCUGGGGUCUCCUUGCCUUCCUGGAACUCCCUCGGUGGGCUACGGCCCCAUCAGCAGCCCACAGAUGAACAUGUUUCCCAGAAACGCAGAGAUCAACUCCACCGUGUCCAUGUCAGGUCUGCAUGCCGUCAGCAGCUCCGAUGACGUGAAGCCACCCUUUGGUUUGAAGCCGCUGUCCUCUCACAGUCCAGGACCCAUGGUUUCACAGAAACGCCUGUGUGCCAUCUGUGGAGACCGCUCCUCUGGCAAGCACUAUGGAGUGUACAGCUGCGAGGGCUGCAAGGGCUUUUUCAAGCGCACUGUGAGGAAGGACCUUAGCUACACAUGCAGAGACAAUAAAGACUGUCUGGUGGACAAGCGCCAGAGGAACCGCUGCCAGUACUGCCGCUACCAGAAGUGCCUGGCCAUGGGGAUGAAGAGAGAAGUGGUCCAAGAUGAACGACAACGAUCCGUUCAGGAGGAGCGUCAGAGAAACAAAGAGCGCGAUGGAGAGGUGGAGUCCUCCAGCGCUGCCAAUGAGGAGAUGCCCGUGGAGAAGAUUCUGGAGGCAGAGAUGGCUGUAGAGCAGAAGACUGAGCUGCAUGCUGAUGGCAGCUCAGGGGGAAGCUCUCCGAACGACCCGGUCACAAACAUCUGCCAGGCCGCUGAUAAACAGCUGUUCACUUUGGUGGAGUGGGCCAAACGGAUCCCUCACUUCAGUGAGCUCUCUCUGGACGACCAGGUCAUCCUGCUGCGUGCCGGCUGGAAUGAACUGCUGAUCGCAUCAUUCUCUCAUCGCUCCAUCACAGUGAAGGAUGGCAUUCUGCUGGCCACCGGUCUCCAUGUGCACAGGAACAGUGCUCACAGCGCUGGGGUGGGAGCCAUCUUUGACAGGGAGAGUGCGCACAAUGCAGAGGUUGGGGCCAUAUUCGACAGGGUGCUGACCGAGCUGGUGAGCAAAAUGAGGGACAUGCAGAUGGAUAAAACGGAGCUGGGAUGCCUCAGAGCCAUCAUCCUAUUCAACCCAGAUGCAAAGGGAUUGUCAAGCCCAAGUGAAGUGGAGUUACUAAGAGAGAAGGUCUAUGCAUCGCUGGAGGCCUAUUGUAAACAGAGAUAUCCUGACCAGCAGGGAAGGUUUGCAAAGCUUCUUCUCCGGUUGCCAGCAUUGCGCUCCAUUGGCCUCAAGUGCCUGGAGCACCUGUUCUUCUUCAAGCUGAUUGGAGACACCCCAAUCGACACCUUCUUAAUGGAAAUGCUUGAAGCGCCUCAUCAGCUGACCUAACCUGGACCAGUCUCGAUCCAAUUCAAUCCGGUUUGCACCAGGGUAUCGCAGUACCCCCUGGACUCUGGGGCUUUACUGUGUCUCACUUCCCAAUAACACCUCCCCCCCCCCACAAUCCUCUCCUCCACAUUCUCCCUGCCGCACCUUCAAACCAGUACAGCCACAAAAAAGACUCUUAAGCUGUCUGAAAAAAAAGAGAUGUUUUCCAUGUAACGUUUUACACCGUAUGAGCUGUCCAGAGAGAUCUUAUUUUUUCGAAUUCCCUGGAGGGUCUAAAUCAAAAGCUUUGUUUUAAAGACUUCAGCUUCCAGUUUUAGAACUCUCGUAUUGAUUCUAGAGAUCUCAGUGUGUCGUUUUGGUUUCUAUGUUACUCUGAAUGCACGAACUGUACUUUUUUCUUUUGUUUUGUUUUUGGGGUCACUGCAGUUAGACAGCCCUUCGGCUGAAUUUACAGUGCAUGUGUGACUGGGGUGAGAAUCCGGCAAGCCUUUUGGCUGGUACGAAUCAAGUCGCGGCAGGCCUGACCCUUUGUGUUUGACUGUGGAAAACUGCUAACAUGCUAUUUUUGGGAUUUUUACAUUGAGAUCCCACUUUGUACUGUACUCAUGAAAUGAGUCCAAUUUAUAAAAGGCAUUGGAAAUUCUUGGCCUGCUGCAUCUGGCCCAUAUGAAAUGCAGGCCGGGGUUUUACAUUUGUGAAUAAAUGUAUGGAGGUUUUGUUGGACAUGAGUUUUUGAUCAUGAUCCAUGGAGGGCCUAAAGGCACAGAUUAAAUCUCGCAGGAGAAUCCUGCUUUUUUGGUGGCAAUAGGAGGGAUGACCUUGUUAUUUUUGUGUUGUUUUUAAAUGAGCAAAUGUGUUGGUAUUGGUUUCGGUACCGUCUAGAGGACCUUAUACCUUUGCCGUUUCAUUAUUCCCACAAGUUCCUUCCUUUGAUGCAUUUUUCUGUCACCAAGUGGGAACCAAAUCCACACCAUGGAACCACACCAUACCCCCCAGUAGACAAAUAUUUAUAAACCGUGUGUGUGUGCUGUGAAGUAUGUCCAACCACUCUUGCCCUUUCCAUGUCUUCGGUGUAGCAGGCCUAUUUUCGUUUGUGAUUGUCAUCAGGCUCCUUUGGAAUUAACUGGUACUAACUUUGGCGUAUUAAAACCACAAAAAGUGAUCUUGAUUUGGUGUAAAGGCUGGGGAUGCAUUACAUGACUUUGCCUAAUUUGGGUUAUCUACAGUCUAGACUAGAGGAGUCGAUGCUUGUUGCUGAAUUAGAACGACAGUCUGCAGAUUGUUGUCAAAGUUGACUGAUUGCACGGAAAAUUGGUGUUUGAUUGGCACAGACGUCUUUGAUUAUCGAGACCUGUUUGAUAUUUUGAGCCAAUCUUAAAACACAGUUUUUGUGGCACAAGUGUGUGUGCAAGUUGGUUUUGUUUGGAUAAUCUGAUUUGGUUUGUGAUGCACGGUUUUUGUUAAACUAUCUGAAAAGUUCUAGAUAAUGUAUUUCUGCAUUCCAUCUGUUCAGGUCGCCUCCUUCAAAACUACGGCCAUUUUGUCUUAUUCAGCAGGAAAUGAGGGUGCAGGGCUCUGUGGGAGUUGUGCAGUUGGUGCGAAAGGGCGAAGUGUCAAAACCAGCAUCCGUCACAACAUCUAUGCAUUUAUGCGAGAAUGAUCGAGAUCAUGCAUCAGGGAGAGAAUUCAGGCCAUUGAACAAGAUCCAGCAAAUGCACCAGUGUUGAUGGUGGGAACAUUGGUUUAAGCCACAGAAACCAAUGGGCAUAUAAAACAAAGUACUUUUAGGCAGAGACUUGAGAUCAAAUACUCUCAAUUACUCUAGUAUUUAAAGGUUUUAUAGAGAAGAAUGGAUUGAGUGGUUUCACCUGUUUUGGUGCUAAAAAUGACAACGCUUGGACACAAAUGUUGACACCAAAAUAGACACGCACAGCUGUGGUGAAAAUAUGCAAUUUCUUCAAUAAGCUUGAAUUUGAUAUGCCAAUUUCUUGUUUAAUACACCAUCUUCUACAUGACGAUCAAUUGUAGUAUCCAGCUAUAUGCAGAUAUUGCUAUCUGAAGUGUUUUUUUACAUCUGUAAGGUGCUUAAUUUUCCAGUAUAAUCAUGCAGUACAUCAUGUAAGAUGGUUCACAGGAUUGAUGGGUUUUACUGUUUUCCGUAAUGCUAGCCAUUGACAUUUGACUGAAUCCAGACUUCCUCUUUGUGACUUGUUCCUCAUGUGUUUUCGGUUGGGCCACUGGUCUUUUUAAUGUGAUUAACAACUGACCUCUGGUCCAGUAAAUUUGGCUUCCCAGUAGUUUAGCCUCCUCAAAGAGUUCUUGCAUGCUUGUCCACCCAGUUUUCAUAAAUCCAGGAAUUGAGGCUAAUUCAGUUGGCGAUGAUGGUCUGCUCAGUACCGGAACAGCGGGAAGGUCAUUUGAUUGUGCACUGUAUGCUUGUGCUUUCACGUAGGUGACUCGAGUGUUGGCAGAGUUGUCAGUCAGCCUACGGGGGUAGGUGUAUUUGGGUAUGUGUGUGUAUGUGCGUCCUGUCUAUGUGAAAGAUGCAUACAAAAGUGGUGAAACGCUUCACUGUAUUUCCUUGAAAUGGAGUGCAAUGGCCCCAAUCUCCUAUUACUUGAUUGCUUUUUGCCAUAAUCGACUUUCGCUUGACUACAUAUUACUAAAAACAUACGCUGUAAGCUCUUUUGGGGUCCAGGUUUUAUCCCCCCACCCUCUCAACUCUUUCAUAAUCUCACAUUUUAACAGUUCUCAAUUAGUUUAGGGUUGCAAAGCAUUCAUUGAAAUGAACAAUAUAUAUAUAUAAGCCUUGCGCAGGUUUUUUUGUACCAUUUUCAGUUUUGUUACAGCAGACAGUAACGCUUCAGUUAUCCGUAAUGCACCUGAACUGAUUCAGCACUGCCAAACAGGUGCGACGGGAGACCCCUAACUAACCCCUACUGGUCGACUGUGUACUGUGAUGAUCACUAAACAGAACCCCUAAUGCAACUAUUUAUACCCAGCUGAGAGACAGAGAGAUCCAGAGGGUUCUGUUGGUGCAUUUUUUUCUUAAGGCCUUGUUGCUGCAAUUUGUCACACAUGUUGGGGAAAAGCCCUCCCGGGUGUGUAUUUGAAGCCAAGUGGCGCUCUGAAAUAUGCACAGUGCAAACUGAAUGAAUCUCCGCCUGAGAAUGAAGUGGUUAUUAUGCACGUUACAGUCUGAGAGCUGAUUGACUUUGAUCUUCGUUUGUGGUUUUUCAGCGAAUAUGUAAAGACAGAUCUGCGUUAGAUAUGAGGGAAGCGUUUGCGAAGGUCAGGAGGGUUCACACAGGUGAAUUACACAAAACGUGUGUUUACAUGACACCGCUGUUGGCUAAAAAUGAAAACGAUUUUUUUUUUCAAUUCAUUUAAAGCCGUCAGUCCUGGAGGGCCGGUGUCAUGCAGAGUUUAGCUUCAACACAAUUAGACACACUUGAAGCUAAUCACGGUUUUACCGGGUGUACUAGAAACUUCCUGGCAGUUAUGUUGAAGCAAGUUGGAGCCAAACUCCUUGGGCACCUGUAAUUUAAAGGGAUAGUCCACCCAAAAAUGAACGUUUACUCUCAUUUAGGUGGUUCUAAACAUUUGAGUUUUUUUUUUUUUAAACACAGUUGAUCUUCAUAGUAAUAAAAUCAAAAACUGUGGAGUUCAAUGGCUACAAGUUUCCAACAUUCUUCACUGUCUUAGUUUGUGUUUAGCAGGUGAAACGUGAAGGAUGAAUAAUGGCAAUUUUAAUUUUUAGGUGAACUAUCCCUUUAAUCCAGGGGUGUCCAAACUCGAUCCUGGAGGGCUGGUGUCUUGAAUAGCUUAGCUUCAACACACCUGCUUGGAACUCUGGUAUACCUAGAAAGAGCUUGAUUAGCUGGUUCAGGUGUGUUUAAUUAGGGUUGGAACUAAAAUAUGCUGGACACCGGCCCUCCAGGACUGAGUUUGGACACCACUGCUUUAAUCAAACCCUCAUUUGAGAGUGUGAAACUGUUUUCAAAGCGCACAUUUUUGCACAUGAUGCCAUUUUCGUCGCCUCUGUGUAAAAUAAAACAGUGAUGUCAUGUAGCAUGUACAAUUAAAACAACAGUGGCGGACUAGAGAACUCGACAGGUGUGUAUUGUUUCUUCUUAAAGAGACAUCACCAGCUAUUGAUCAACGUGAAGGGUUGUAUUUCUGGAGUGAAACAUUUUGAAAAUGGGUGGAAUGAAAAAGAUUUCCUUUUUUUUAUCUCAGGGCUGUCAUGUAAACACCUUAAGAAUGUGUCCAAGUCAUACUUCACUGCAAAGUAAAAUCUCAUUAGGUGCACAUUUUCACUUUUUAUGCAAAGUGUUUUUAUUUAUCCUGAUUCAAAUUGAAAUCGCUGAGCUACAGUAAUGGAAAUUACUAUUCAGAUUAAUUGGAAUGAAUAAUUAAAUGUGGGAGUGCAUUACUGAAGUGAACUUAUGUCAAAAAUAUUUUGUUGUUGUUGGUUUUGUGGUGAAAUGUGACAUGGACAUGUUUUUGUGCGAUUUCCUUUAUAUAGGAAUGUGUUGGAUAGAUGUACAGCUGAAGGAGGGCUACAUAAUAGAUGAUUUUGUACUUUCAAGUGGGUGGGCUGAUGAAAAUGGUGAUUGUUUUUGGGAGUCUUUAAGAGAUUACGGACUUGAAAGAGCUUUCUUAAUUUACUCCCACCAAAAGAAAAAAAAACACACAAAAAUAUUGCUUCUCAGUAUGUUUUCUGACUGCUCUUUUCUUAUGCUUUACAUCUUUGUGUAUCCUGAUGUAUUAGUGUAAACUGUUAUGUUAUUUGGGGUCUUUUCCCCCUAUCCUCAACCUUCCCUCUUCAUUUUUCUUGUCUAGUUUUUAAAUCUGUCUCCAGCAGUGGUGGAAAGGAUUGACUGUACGGAGUGUGGAGAAAGAGAAAAAAAAACUUUCUUUUUGCUUUAUUGUCAUUAAUUCUGAAUCUGUUUUGUUGGAUGUACCAUGUGCAAGUAAAGGUUUUAAUACAG